AUGCGCCGCUUGCAUGACAGCGGCAUGGGCGUCAAGAGGAUCGCCGCGGCCUUGAGCCGCUCCACGGACACCGUCUCGAAGCAUUUGUUCAAAAAGAACACGACCAAGAAGUCCAAGGGCCGCCCGAAGCAUUCCAUCCGCACCCCCAAAGGGUUUCUCGCUGCCCAGCGCGCUUACAAGAAGCUUCUGAAGUCCUCGGGCGGCACAAAGGAAGUGACGGCAGCCAUGCUGAAGUCCGAGAUGAAGUUGACAUGCGACAUCAAGACAGUGCGCCGCGCGUUUGCUGAGAAUGGCUACCAGUUCCGCCCGCUGUACGAGAAGCCUGACCUUUCUGAUGGGGACAAGAAGGAGCGCCUGCAGUGGGCCCGCGAGCACAAGCACCGGAGCCCCAGCCAGUGGUCACAGUACGUCCACGCGUGCAUGGACAACAAGGUGUUCCAGGUGCUGCCCAAUGCGAAGUACAGGAAGGUGGCGGCAAAGCGCAAGGUUCGCGGGGUGUACAGGAAGCGCAAGCGGGACUUCUCCGUGGGCCACGUCAAGCCGAGCAACCCUAAGGUUCUGAAGCAGAGUUCGGGCAGGGGCUCCGUGACCAUCGCGUGCGCCAUCGGCGCGGGCAAGGUGUUGUUGUGGCACCAGGUGGUCGGCAGGUGGAACGCCGCAGCCGCGGGGCGAAUGUACUCGGGGGCGCUCCAGCCCGCUUUGAAGAGGGCCUACCCUUCCGCGCGCGGCAAGUUCCGCGUCAUGGAAGACAACGACCCCACGGGCUACAAAUCUCGGUCGGGCAUGGCGGCGAAGAAGUCCGCUGGCAUCCAGACGUUGGACUUGCCGAAGCGGUCCCCUGAUCUGAUGCCGCUUGAUUUCGCCUUCUGGGCCAAUCUGAACAAGCGCAUGAGGGGGCAGGAGAAGGACUGGCCCGCGAGCAAGACGGAGACGCGGGCGCAGUACCUGGCCCGGCUGCGCCGCGCGGCGUUGGCGACGCCUUCUGAGUACAUCCACAGCAUCAUGGGCAGCUUGCACAAGCGCUGCGGCUUGUUGGUCGAGGCGAAGGGCGGCCACUUCGCCGAGGGCGGCGGGAACUGCGCGCGCGCGCGGUUUCGUCGGGCGGCCGCGGCGCGAUUCGCGGCGGGCCAGGGCGGCGGGCGACCGCGGCGCGCAGCGGGCCGGGGCGGCGGGCGGCCCGUAGCGGCCCGCGCCUCGGUUGACCCGCGCGAGCGACGUGGGGCGCGGGAAGGGAGCCAGUCGCGGUCCACGAUCAAGACCAAUCCGUGCGUCCACCGCCCUUGCGGCUACAGGGCCAGCAGACGUAGUCGAAAGUACCUGAUCUUGGCAUUAUGA